AUGGACGUACAGGAUUCACAGACCCCGCGUAACUUCGACCAACAGGUCGAGUGUCACCCGGUGAUGGAUUCACACGGGACCGGCACUCCAACAAGUGGGCGAAGGGUACGCUCUCCUGGGGAUAGAGAUGGUGGUGUAUCACGCAAGCGGAGGCGUUUAUCGCGCUCCUCCUCCAGCUCUUCGACGACAUCGUCCUUGGCCAAGGUCAGCCGGCUCAGUCGGGGCCGGGACACGUUCGACAUGGAUGCCGGAUACGAGAAUGACGCCGACGAAGACGACGACGAUGACGAUGAGUGUAACGACGAUGAAGAGGAGGUGGAGGACGAGAAAGAGGAGGAGCUCGAGGACGAGACUGAAGGCCACACAAAAUCAGGCCAGCACGUACUACUGCUCCCCACGGACAAGGAUGCGUCGCACCGUACGUGGCGUGCCAGCGCGCCCGCUGCUAGUGUGCGUGCGUUGGCGUCUGGUCCGGUUGAUGGUGGUGGUUGUGGUGAGAAAAAUGGCGAAAAAUCGACACCAUUCGGAACAGCUGAUUUGAAUGCGCCCUGCCAACCGCACCAGCUGCAGCACCAACACCAGCAACAAACUCCGGCCACAAACUACCAACACUAUCAGCAGCAACAGCACCAGCAACUGCGUCACAACAAGCGGCCAAAAUACGACUACACACGUGAUCAGAUGUUUGAAAUUUUUCAACCAUGGGUUAUACGAACGUACGGUGAUCGGGCCAAAACGAAGACGAUUACACUGAAGAAACAGGCACGUAUUAUAAAGACCCUCGUUGGGCUGGAGAUGAACAAUCCGGAUAGUUCCAAGUUUCGGUUUUGGGUAAAAACAAAAGGGUUCACCACAACGAAGCCAGGGAACUUUCAGGAUAUAUUCACCCAUCAGAACAUACCGGAAAACGAUGGCUGCAUGCUUUAUGCUCCCAGCGGAGGUUUGGAACCUGGUCAGCCAUAUAAGAAGGUUGCCGUGGUGGAGAAUUUUUUCGAAAUCAUCUACGGUGUUCAUGUGUCGCUCGGGAGCCUUGCUACGAGACACGCCGGCCAGAAGCGAACCUACCGAACGAUCACCGAAACGUAUGCGUUUCUACCGCGCGAAGCCGUCACCAAGUUCCUGUCGCUCUGCAGCCAAUGUUCCAAGCUUACCACCAAAGUGUACUCCCCGAGAUCGGAACUCAAGCUGGCGCCACGUGUAGAUGAUGUCGUCGUUACAGCGAGACGUGCGCUUAGUGAGCGUAUAUCAUGCAGCACCAGCAGCAGCAGCACGGUGGAUGUGAAAUUGAAAUGUAAUAAGACGACCGAACGAAGCCAAUCGUCGCUUCGAUAUUAUGAGUUGUUGCGAAAUUUGUACGAAAAUGGAAAAUCUAACGGAUCGCGUAACGGUGGUGAAGUGUCAGCUAGCGGGAAACUAGUGAACCUAACCUCAAACCUCGGUGGAAACGCGAACUCCACUGGGGGUAGUGUGCGUGUUGCAAGUGAAGUGUUGACGAGGCGAGCUGAUCGUGUGGGAGGAGCAGUGGCAGCAUCAGGUGGCGUUGUUGGUGGUAAUGAGCUUGGUGUAGUGUGUGCAAGUGAGCGGGAACAGCGUUCCGGUGCUGUAGGAUUAAACAAUAACCGCAGUGAUAAAGGUGCGGAUGAGAAACGGCGAACACCGGUACCCAUCACUUCGACGUAUCUCGAUGUGACGAGAAGCUUCGGGCUGGAGGAUGACGAUGCGUUGAAUAUGGAUUCUAUAUCCAUGCCGUUUAACACCGAAACAACGGAAAACAAUGGCAGCACGGCCAACACACCGGGCGAGGAUGCGUAUGCUGGUCUUAUUAAAGAUGCGGACAAGUUCAAGCUGAUGCUCUUGGCCUGGAACUAUCAAAACUCGGCGGCAGGUAAAUCACAAAAUGGAGCCGAAGGACCGGAUCUGGCGACGAUGACGAACCUGUGGCAACAGUACCAGAACGCGCUGGCGAUGACGGGCAAGACGAACUUCAACCAAAUGCCGGUAAGUGAGCGACAAUCGUCCCCCAUAGAACAGCAGCAGGACGAAACGAACUCGUCCGAGCAGAAGGACGAGGACGAUCUGUCCGAGGACGAUUCGGAGGAUCGGCUCGAGGCAACGGUCAACGAUCCGGAACGGUUGAAAGCGUUCAACAUGUUCGUGCGGCUGUUUGUGGACGAAAAUCUUGACCGAAUUAUACCGAUAUCGAAGCAACCGAAGGAAAAGAUACAAGCGAUCAUCGAUUCCUGUACACGCCAGUUUCCGGAGUUUGCCGAACGGGCCCGCAAGCGGAUCCGCACCUACCUGAAGUCGUGCCGGCGGAACAAGAAGACGCGCGAGGGCUGGGAGAACACGUCCCGCCCCACGCCCGCCCACCUAACGUCGGUGCAGGCGGAACAGAUACUGGCCGUGGCGUGCGAGAACGAGAGUCUCAAUGCGAAGCGCAUGCGCAUCGGGCUGGAGCCGAUCAGCCAGACGGUCAGUCAACCGGCGGCGGUAAGUUUUAUGACGUCGGCCGAAUCACCAACGGCCGUACCGAACAUGUACCAGAACAUUGCGAACCGCGAACAAGAGUCGACGUCCGUGUCCACGAUCAAGAGUGAACCGAUGACGAGCGUGCCGAAGAUAUCGCCCGUACCCAGCACACCGACACCGGACAUGAAUCAGAUGAAGCUUAACAUACCCAGUGCCAGUGCCAGCUCGACGCCCACCAUCCCCACGACCGUACCUACCAUCUCCAACUUCCACGACUACAAUACCGGCUUCUCGAACCGGUCGCAACACUACCAAAACUUCAUGAACUCGGUCAACAGCAGUAGCACGAGCAGCGGUGCCACGACCAACACGACCAUGUCCGCUGCCGGCACCGCCGCACCUACCGACCUAUCGAUGAAGCGACCGAUACUGGCUCACAAGCUGAACAGUGCAGAAAUUACAGCGGUUAAGCAGCUCGUCACUGGGUAUCGGGAAUCGGCCGCCUUUCUGAUGCGAAGUGCGGACGAGCUGGAAAACUUACUGCUUCAGCAACAGUAA